AUGUCCCGUGCGGAGGAGCGCGAGGAGGCGGACUGUGUGUGUUCAGUCGGGAUGAAGUUCACGUGGGACAUCAACGACCCCAAACUCCCGCAGGACACCAAGCAGUGUGACUCGUUCCAGGAGUGGACAGACGGUUACGUUCGAUUUAUUUACAGCGGUGACGAUAAGAACGCUCAGAGACAUCUUUCGGGUUGGGCGAUGAGAAAUACAAACAACCACAACUGUCAGAUCCUGAAGAAGUCGUGUUUAGGCGUGGUGGUCUGUUCUCGAGGCUGCACGCUGCCGGACGGCUCCAGACUUCAGCUCCGCCCCGCCAUCUGUGACAAGGCGCGGCAGAAACAGCAGAAGAAGCUGUGCCCGAGCUGCAACGCCCCUCUCGAGCUGCUGCCAUGUCGAGGUCACAGCGGUUACCCCGUCACCAACUUCUGGAGAAUCGACGGGAAAGCAAUCUUCUUUCAGGCUAAAGGAGUCCACGACCAUCCCCGCCCUGAGUCCAAGUCUGAGACUGAAGCCAGAAGAAGUACAGUAAAGAGACGAGUCAGCUCGCCGCCGUUUACGCCCAAACGCCGCCUCCUCGAACCUCAGGUCAGUGACAUCACUUCACUACAGUUUCUGCCCGCCCUCCUCUCCUGUGUUGACCCAUCAGAGAGAAUCUCCUUCAUUGAGCCAAACUUCACCCAGCAUUACCCAUCAUUCCAGAGCCCAGAGCCAUACUACAACCACAAUGCACUGGGAGAGGCCCCACCCACACUCCAGAAACCAGCCAAUCCACGGCUAUAUAUGGGCCGACCCAGUUAUGAGUUCCAGGGAUACCUGACCUCACCUUCAUAUCCCAUGACCUCUGACUUCUGUGACCCCAG